AUGCCACCUCAAUUUAAUAUUGAUGAUUUCGAACGAUUGAGCAAAGUGGGUGAAGGUACUUACGGCAUUGUAUAUAAAGUUUGUCAUCGGCCAACAUCACAAAUCUACGCUCUGAAAAAGAUUCGAUUAGAAGGCGAAGAUGAUGGUGUGCCGGCAACUGCUAUUCGAGAAAUUUCUAUCUUAAAAGAACUUCGACACCAAAGUAUUGUUCAACUUCGUGAUGUGAUUCUCACAGAUGCUCGGCUCUAUCUAAUAUUCGAAUAUCUAGCGAUGGAUUUGAAGAAAUAUUUCGAUUGUCUUGGUGAAAAUGUAGAUAUGGACAAUGCAUUGAUUCAAAGUUACACCUAUCAAAUUCUUGAUGCAUUACUCUUCUGUCACUGUCGUCGAAUCAUUCAUCGCGAUUUGAAGCCUCAAAAUCUUCUCGUAGACACAAAAGGAAUAAUCAAACUUGCUGAUUUUGGUUUAGCCAGAGCCUUCAGUGUACCACUUCGAAUCUACACACAUGAAGUGGUGACUUUGUGGUAUCGAGCACCUGAAGUUCUACUCGGUGCUUCACGUUAUUCCUGUCCCGGUAUUUGA